UCGAGUCCUGCCGGAUCACGAAGCAGCCGCAGAGGGGAGUUUAGUUCAGAAGAAAAUUCCCAACAAACCCCGCACAAACAACCUACAUCCAAUAGUGAAGCGGAGACGCCGUUACGAAUGGGCAGCACAAUGCCACAGAAUGCUGCUGGCCGGGCGCAAGAUAGAUCCGAUCCCUUUGCUUCGGUGAUGACUUCACCAGCAGCUGGAGACCACUCGGCCUUACAAGCCACAAGCCCGAACAUGCGUGUACAAGGAAUGAGUGAAAUCGACAUUAGUUCGCCUCUGAAUUAUGGUACUCCAAGUUCCAUUGGAUCGAUUCGUGGGCCUCGUUCGGCGGUGCGUGGCACACCUAUGCGUCAACGUCCGGAUCUUCGGGUGGAUCAAUUUCCCCGUCAGGUCACAGUCGGUGGUGCUGAUGCACCACUUAAUGCCGUAAACGAGGAGAGCCGUCCGUCGGAUACGGAUACGAUUUCGCAAGGACAACGUUUAGUGGUUUGGGGGACGAAUGUGGUCGUCACUGAAUGCAUGAGUAAAUUUAAGGAAUUCUUGAAGCGUUACAUCGAUCCGGACACGGCCCAGGACGAAAUAACGGAAGGGAUGAACCUAAAUGAACCAUUAUAUUUGCAGAAGCUAGAAGAGAUUCACACACUUGAAGAACCUUUCUUGAACGUAAACUGUGCCCAUUUAAAAACCUUUGACGAAUCUUUGUACCGUCAGUUGGUAUGCUAUCCGCAAGAUGUAAUUCCAGCGUUGGAUCUUGCAGUUAACGAAAUGUUUGUUGAACGAUAUCCCGCCGCCACCCUUGAGCAUCAGAUACUCGUUCGCCCGUUUAAUGCCGACAAGACCAGAAAUAUGAGAGCUCUCAAUCCAGAAGAUAUUGAUCAAAUCCUCACCAUCUGCGGUAUGGUGAUCCGAACAUCGAACAUUGUACCAGAGAUGCGUCGCGCUUUUUUCAAGUGUUCUAUCUGCAGCUUUUCCGUGGAAGUUGAUCUAGAACGCGGUCGCAUUGCAGAACCAACGCUUUGUGGGCACUGCAACACGAACCACUGUUUUCAGUUGAUUCACAAUAGAUCACAGUUUGCUGAUCGCCAGCUAAUAAAGUUGCAGGAAUCGCCGGAGGACAUGGCAGCGGGACAAACGCCCCACAACGUCUUGCUGAUGGCACACGACGAUCUGGUAGACAAAGUGCAGCCCGGAGACCGAAUUACUGUAACCGGAAUCUACAAAGCAAUGCCAUUGCAAGAAAAUCCACGCCAGUCGAACAUGAAAUCUGUCUAUCGCACGCACAUCGAUGUGCUGCACUUCCGGAAAGUCGAUGAUAAACGCCUAUACGAGGAAGAAGAGGGCAAAGGACACAUCUUCCCUCCCGAGCGCGUGGAACUGUUGAAAAAGAUUUCACAAAAACCGGACGUUUACGAUCGUUUAGUUCGUUGCAUUGCCCCAUCAAUCUAUGAAAACACGGAUAUCAAGAAGGGUAUUUUAUUACAAAUGUUCGGAGGGACGAAAAAGAAGCAAGCCACAUGUGGUAGGCAGCAUUUUCGUGCCGAGCUUCACAUUCUCCUGUGUGGAGAUCCUGGCACAUCUAAAUCCCAGCUGCUACAGUAUGUUUACAACUUAGUGCCUCGUACUCAGUAUACUUCAGGGCGGGGAUCUUCAGCAGUCGGCUUAACGGCUUACGUUACGAAGGACACAGAGACUCGGCAGCUUGUACUGCAAACUGGUGCUUUGGUAUUGGCCGACAAUGGAGUUUGCUGCAUUGACGAAUUCGACAAAAUGAACGAUGCUACGAGAAGUGUCCUUCAUGAAGUGAUGGAACAGCAAACUCUCAGCAUUGCCAAAGUGGGCAUCAUUUGCCAAUUAAAUGCGCGCACCUCCAUCCUGGCUGCAGCAAAUCCUUCCGAAUCGCAAUGGAACAAAAAUAAAACCAUCAUCGACAACGUACAGCUUCCGCACACUUUGAUGUCGAGAUUCGAUCUGAUAUUCCUAAUACUAGACCCGCAAGAUGAAGUGUUUGACCGGCGUCUGGCGGCUCAUUUGGUGUCAAUGUAUUAUGCUACACGCGACGAGAAUGAGGAUUCCUUAGUGGAUAUGAGCGUGCUACGUGACUAUAUUGCCUACGCAAAGGAGCACAUAAAUCCUGUCCUAUCCGAGGAAGCGCAGCAGAGACUGGUCCAAGCUUACGUUGACAUGCGUAAGGUAGGCUCGGGAAGAGGUCAAAUUUCAGCAUACCCUCGCCAGCUGGAAAGCCUUAUCCGUCUCUCGGAGGCCCAUGCUAAGGUGAGACUCAGCGAAACCGUUGAAGUACUGGAUGUCGAGGAAGCGUGGCGCCUGCAUCGUGAGGCCCUAAAACAAUCGGCAACAGAUCCACUGUCGGGUAAAAUCGAUGUAGGCAUUCUUACCACCGGAUUAUCCAGUGCGGCGCGCAAGAAACGUGCUGAACUGGUGCAAUCCAUUAAGACGAGUCUGAAAGGAAAAGGAAAAAUUUCAACCAUACCUUACCAGAAGCUGUUUGGCGAAAUAAAAGAAGCGUCUCAAGUCCUCGUGACGAAGGAGCAAUUCGAGGAUGCGCUAAAGGAGUUGCAGGACGAAGGAAUAAUUGUCAUCGUUGGAAAUAAUACUAUUCGAGUGUGUUAA